AUGUUCGCCGACAUACAAAAGACUCCAACAUCAGAUGAAAAUAUUCAGCAUAGAAUGGAAGUACUGAAAGAAAAUGUACGCAAAUACAACAAUCCUUUUUACUUACGACCAUAUAACGUUCAAUCUUUGGCUGAACUCGGUGAAAAUAAAAGGUUAAAUUUCAACAAAACAUAUAGAAAUGAAACAUUGUUUAAAGUUCAUUCAGAACCUAACCAAUAUGGAAACAAACCUACUUUUGUUUCUGCAGACUAUGGAACUACAAUGAGAUGGGGUCAUAAAGCUAAUCCGGAUAGGUGGUUCAUAAACUUACAACCACAAUUCCAAGAAGUUGUAGACGCAAUGGAAGUGAAUGGUGAACCAGAUAUAGCUGGUAUUUUCAGCGCGGCUUUAAUGCCAUUGAAAGAUAUGAAACAUGCAGAUAUUUUGGACCAGUAUGAAAUGAACAUGGCUGAUGGAAAUAUAACACCUGACGUUCUAGAACAUUUAUCUCAAAGAACUACACAGAACCAUAGAGAUGGUAUAUUUGGUGAAGAGUUUAGAAAGAAAGUUAGGGAGAUAGAAGGAAGAGAACCUAUUGUACAUGACCUUGCAAACGAAAGUUUACAAAAUGUCAUAAAAACUUACUUUGCAGACAAUGAACUGAGAAGGGAUGAAUAUUUAAGAAAACUCAAAUGGACAGUACCAAAUGAAAUGUUAGUAUUGAAAAACAUGUUCCUUGACAAAAUAAAACCAACUACAGAAAUAAAUGACGCAAGACUGAAACAUUGGGUAAAAGCUUUCCCAUUCACAAAAGAUAUUAUUGGUAACAUGGAAAGAAAACCAGAAUGGCUACAAAAACAUAUAUUUGGAAACGAGCUUAUUCCAUAUGGA